AUGCAUCCCUCCGGACGGCCAAUUCCUCCACCAAAACCGGGACGUACCGGUCCAGUUAGUGAACUGCGUGACAGUGGUAUUUCGGUGACGGAUGAGGCACCGGCUACGACAACAAAAGCGUCUACAAUGCUUCCCUCACGCGGGGGUCCAGCUCCGAUGCCGGUCGGUGGAGUGCGUCAAUUAGCGUGUAGGUUCGAAUCGAUCGGCCUGCGUUAUAGCGUUCCUACGUUGACGUCGGAGACGACGCACGGGUUAAGGAAGGCCCCAAGUAUUCCCCAAAACUCUCUGCAAACUCCCAAAAAGAGUAGCUUCAAGCCUGUGAUUGCCCCAAAACCCGACUGGAGGCGGAAGGAUAUACCUCCAGGCCAGCGAGCCCAAGCACUUGAGGAACGUGCCAAUGCUAUCGCCGAGCAGAUCUACGAUACCGUAUGCGAGAGGUAUUCAACUCAUACAUCGUCCGCAUCCCUCGUUAACCGAGAGCACUCGGGGCGGGAAGGUAUUAGUCUUGAUCAGGAUGAACCCUGCGUUGACAUCCUUAAUGAAGAGCUCGAAAAUCCCGCUUCCACCGAUGGCUACUCCUCGUUUGAGUCAUCCACCGAUGAUGAAGAAACACCGGAUGAGUCCGGCACAGAUCACUACUAUUCGCACGUACCUGCUACAACUACCGACGCUGCGUCCGAACGGCGUUUGUCCCUUGAUUCGAACCGCUCGAGUGAUCACAUCGCAAAGGUGAUCGACGAGCUGAUCGAGAAGGAACGACGGUACAUCGAAACGCUCGAUCAAGGCAUCAAGAACUACGUCCCGACGAUGUACUCGCAGACACUCCCGGCGGCACUGAGAGGUCAGCGUGCCAUCAUCUUUAUCAAUGUGGAGGAAAUUCUGCGCACCCAUCGGGACCAUCUGUUACCCGAUCUAGAGCGGGCCGCUGGGUCGCUUCUUACGGCCAACGGGCAGGGUGAGGCGCGUGUGGUGGAAGAUAUAGCGCGAACAUUUCUAGAGUACAUAGAAAACGAUCGGUUUUAUUGCUACGUUCAGUACGCCAUGCACCACGCCGAGUCGGAGGCUCUGCGGUUACGUUACAGUGAUUACUUCUUGAAGAUCCAGCACGACCUGAACGAUCGGCUCGGGUUGAACAGUCUGCUUCUGCAACCCAUUCAGCGGUUGCCCCGGUACAAGCUGCUGCUGAAUGAGAUGGUCAAAGAUUUGCUCAAGGAAGCCGACGGUAAGCGAACACUGAACCGUCGGACAGCGUUGCUUUGCAAGGUGGACAAGCGGCUGAGUAACCUGAUCGAUCGGGUCAAUCAGGCGAUCAACAUCCGUGACAUUCGACAGUGUAGCGGCAGUUCAUCGACGCGAUCGUUGUCGCACACCUCGGACACGCCCUUGACGUUGAUACUCCAGCCGGAGGGAAAUCGAAAUCCGGACAGGGAUACACCGAUAAAUCUUCUCUACCAGGGUAAGUUCCUGCGGCUAUUCCUGCUCGACAUCUACGAUGUGAACGUACGCCGGAAGUAUAGCGCAAAGCUGUUCGCCUUCGAGAAGCUGCUGAUCUACGUGGAGAUUCUGCGCGAUCGUAUGGAAUACCGGGGUCACUACACCAACACGGAGUUGGCCUACACGGUAGAGGGUACCAACAGGAUUGUGCUGUUUGCCGGUUCCCGAGCAACGCAGGAGAUUAUCGUCCAAUCGGAGACACACAUGGAGAUGCGACCUUUGGUGUCAUUUCUGCAGCAAAUGACGCGUUCGGCCAUAUAUGAUAGCCUGCAUGGAAAAGCAGACCAUGACAUGGACGUUGGAACGGAUGAACACAAAUUCGACUACGAGGAGGAUGCAGAGCCGUUCGAUGAUUCCGAUGAUCAACCGGAAGUUUGGGAUGAGCAGAGAUUAACAACCUCGUUGAUCGAAGCUCAGGAGCAGUUCCUUGAGGUACUGCAGGCGAACCAAAGUUUCUAUCUGGACACUCUCAGUGGCGAGUUGAAACAAAAGCUGACAGGAUUCCUGAAGACCUUUGAGGUCAUCAAGCAGCUACACAAGGAGAUCCUACAAGACAUUUCCCAGACACCGAACGCUCCGAACACCGUAUGCCGGUGUUUUGAGCGUUACCUUUUGUCUGAUGUUUUUGUGCCAUAUUUUCAAUAUCUUCGAGAGAUCCGGAGGGCCAUCAAGUAUGUGCAGCUCUGCCAGAUGCCGUCGAAUUUCCACAAUCGGGUCGCCUCAACGGUGGAAAAGUUUACGUUCCUCUGCAUCGAGCACCUGCAGGAAUUCAACCGCUACUUCGAAACGCUCAUCGUGAAGUACUCCGACGACAGCACCCUCAACCUCCCCAUCGAUACGGAACUGUUCCAGCGGCUCGCGUUCGUUCAGGUUCGCCUGAACGCGUACCGCACCGAUCUGGUGCUCAACUACAAUCUCUUCCUGCUCGACGAACGAUUGCCGGGCUGCGGUCUGGUGUUCUACAACGACCGGGCGGUGCUAAGUGGCCCAUUUCACGAUACCGAUGCCGGUCCGUGCCGGGUGUUCGUUUGCGAGCGGGCUGCGGUGUGCGUCAAAUUGCAGGACGUUCCCGAGCAGGGCAAGACGGUCGAGCGGUUCGUGCGUGUCCUUUUCCUGGACCGAUUCGCCGGCCGGGGUAUGCUGAUGAGGGCACGGCGUAGCAAACGUCAGCGGCAGCGUGUAAACUUUUUAAUCGAUGGGACGAAGUACCGCAUCGAUUUCUCCGACCGACAGAGCCAGAACAAAUUCUUCCAGAACUAUGUCGAUAAGUACACCAAGAUGUGAUAUGUUUUUGGACAAAGAGGGUAAGACGAGUUGAAAUACGGUAAAACUGUUAUACUAGCAAAUAUACUAUGGAUCUCCAAAAAAUUUAAAUCUUAAGGAUUCAUAGAAAAACGGUGAUGUAGGAUUCUUUUAUACUUAAGCAUGGAGAUGUCGUUUAACCUAGUUGAAAUAUACACAAAUAAUUGAU